AUAAAUCAUACUCGCCAUCUAAAGCAUCAGCUGCAUAUAAUUACUCAGAUGGUCACCAUAAACCAAGGUUGGCUCCUUGCCAUAUUUGCUUCUUUGAUUUCGUUCGCGGGCUGUCUUGUUAUUUAUGUGGAUGAUAUCUACAAACUUGUUUUGCCCCGGACCUUCACAAAGAAACAUCCAUUUGUUCUUAAGGAAAACUACCGAUUUUUGGUCACCUCCUUAAGUUUUAGUUCCGGAUGUUUGUUGUUCACUGGACUAGCAGCUCUUUUGCCUCAUGCUAGAGACUAUUUGGAAGAUUCCGACAUAGCUCCAGACAUGGUCGUUACUAAUUUGAUGGUAGGUUAUUGGAUAGGUAUUGUGUCAAGUUUGGGUUUGAACUUCUUGUUACAUAUGAUGACUAGUCAGUCGGUGGUGCAUUGUAGCCACGAUGGUGAGGCUGGCCACGAGCACCAUGAGCACCACCAUGGGCAUGAUGAUGUUCAUAGUCACAACCAUUCUCACGGAUCCGACAAUUUCCAUGCCCCUGAGACUACCCAUGAACACUCCCACUCGCUCCAUACUUCACAUUCGAGUGACUCCUUGAUUUCGAGUACAUCAGUCACAGAAGAUACACCGCUUCUUACGUCACAGGAACUCCCCAAGAGGUUUUCUCUUCUUCACAUUUUCUCCAAAGACAAGGUUGUGGGAGAAUGUAAAGGGUAUUCAUCAGCUGAAGUGUGUGUGAAUGAUAGCCUGAAAUUACAUUACUGUGAGCUUCCCACGCUUCCAGACUCACAGAGUUUUUCCAAUGAGAUUCACCUGUUUAAUGGUGAUGAAGACCAAGAAGAAAAUACGGGUGAGGGUGUAUCAACUGACGAUGGAUCGGACGUUCACUUUUCUAAACCUGGAACUGGUACAAAUCGUCCCGUAUCAACCCAUACUUUUGUAUCAGAGCAUCACCACCAUGUCACUACAUCAAUGUCAAGGCUUCUAAUGAUCGGAGUUCAAACCACUUUGGCACUCACAUUGCACAAGGUUCCUGAAGGGUUCAUGACAUACAUCACAUCGGCUGCUAAUUCUGAGCUUGGACUCCAGAUUUUUGUAAGUCUUACAGUCCAUAACUUCAUCGAAGGGUUCACCAUGUGCUUACCACUUUUCUACCUGUUCAGCACUCCCAACACUGGCAGGCAGGUAGCAAAACUAAAGGCCAUUGCUAUUGCCGGUGUAUUGGCAGGACUUUCUCAACCACUCGGAUCCUUGGCAGGAUACUUCUGGAUGAAAGGUAACCCAUUCUUGGGACAAGAGCCUGGAGACAAUGAGAGUUUAAACUACAUGUUUGGUGAAACCAUCGCUGUAACCAGUGGAUUUAUAACGGUGAUUGGACUCACAAUGUUUGGGCUGGCUGUAGCAUUUAAUAACCGAUCAGUCAAUGCGGUGGUUUUGUGGGCUGUUGUGGGAAUGUCGGUUAUCGGGUUGACAUCCAUAAUUUCAGCUCAUUCAUGAGCAUACAAUAAAUGAGUAUUAUAUAGUAUGAUAUACGUCACGUGAAUAUGCCUCUUCCCACCUGGCGCGCACUCCCUUUUCAUCAGUCAUCGAAAGCGCUUUACAAUUCCUACAAUUUUUACAACAUGAUGGCACACGAAGUACCGGUCCCCAUACAUGGGCCUGGCACCCCACCUGUGGUUUCUAGUACCCCGAAGAACACUCAGCCAGUGAAAUCAACUCAGAAACAGACCUCCCGUAAAAAGAAUAACAACCCGAAUAAGAAAUCACCCCUGCCUCAACAGACACCAGGGCAUAACGACAAACCAACGACGUCCUCUUUGAACACUCCUCAGAAGGAGUUUAAACUGAAUAAGAGGAGGUCGCAGACCAAGAAGAAAGAUGAAGCACCAGUUUUUGCUGGAAGCUCAUUCCACUCAUCGCCAGAAGCGUUGAAUUUACCCAAACCUACCUUUAAACCAUCACCCAAACCGCAGUUGGCCAACCCUGUGACCAGCUACCCCUCUGUUUAUUAUCAACCUCCCAUGACACCACAUGGAUCCAUGCCUCAUAUGCCUCAUAUGAGCAUGGGUCCCGUUCCAAUGGGAUAUCUGGCACCUCCUCAAGGACUUGCCCAUGGUCCCAUGAUGCAUCCUCAGCAACACGUAGCUGUUCCUUAUGGCUCGGCACCUCCUAUGAUGACGUACCCUGGACAGGCUCCAGGACCUUAUUAUGGAUAUGCUCAACCACCACAGAUGGGAUUUGCCCCAGGCGGAGCUUCCCCAACAAGGACAGCUGCAACUGGAACUGCUUCUCAAGGCCAAAAGAUCUCGUUCAACGACUUGAUCGGUUCAGAGAAGUAGGUUGCUCCUAUUUAUAAUGACUUGGUACGAAUAUACAAAGCCAAAAAUGACCGUAGAAUAUGUUUACCUCAAGUAUGAUGUGGACUCAAAACCUAUUUGUGCAAGGGUGAUGAAAAACCUGUAGAAGAGUAAGAUGGUUCAGGCUGAAUGUUGGCUUAUAGUUUCUAGUGCCUGAAUAAUCUCCAAGUAAGAUAGAUGUUUUGCCUGAGCCUAUAUACUCAACCAUCCAAUCCCACUUACUGAAAAAGAAGUCGUUGUCAGUGACAUGGUCUUAAUACCCAAUAAAGGAGUCGGGGUAAUAUCUGAUACAAUCCACAGACCUUGAAACUUGGACCUUGAAACUAUAAAUGCUUGGGUACGAUUUAGACACCUGCAAAUCUCCGAAAUCUAAAGAUCAGAUUUGCCAACAAAAAAUACCCCGUGUGCAUCAAAAGAAAGUUGUAUCUAGUCCGAAGCAUAUGAAAGCGAACUACAGCAACUCUAAUACGUUCGCUAACGAAUGAAAUACUACUGUUUUUGUAAUAGUUCCAAAAAUAACCAUUAGGGUGUUCUCGACUACUUAAAUAUAUCAUUUGUCAAGG